AUGAUGGGUGGUGACGGCAAUAAUGUUCUUCAAGUGACCGUCCACAACAACAAGACGACCAAGGUCACCCGUGUGCCUCUGUCCGAAGUGGAAAAUUUGGCCGUGGGAGCUGCCGGUGGGGCUUUGGAAACUUGCUUGCAAAUGCCCAUUUUGACCUACAAGUUUUGUCUCCAAGAAGGCAGGGCGCUGCCCACCAGUGUCCCUGGAUGGUAUCGAGGACUCGGAGUGCAGGCAGGGACUGUGGCACCGAUUACUGCCAUUCAAUUCUGUGUCAAUGGAAUGCUUCAAAAGGCCAUGUGUUCCUGGAUUGUGGGGUUGAUAGGUAGUGUUGUUCGGCUGGUUGCAGGCGCCUCUUCGUAUGGCCGUUCUGCCGGGGCGGGGCAUUUGAACAUCGCCGUCUACACGGCCGGAUAUCUCGGAUUGGCACCCGUCUUGUCGGCCCGAUUGGUGUCGAGUAGUCCGACAUUGGCGGAUCAACCAUUCAUGGCGGGAGUACUGGGAGCCUGUUUGGCCGGGACCACGGCGGCCGUCUUGACUCAUCCCGUGGAUACCGCCAAGACGUGUAUGCAAUCCGAUAUGAAUGGAACCGUAUGGGCCACAGCUCGAUCGGCCAUGCCCAAAUUGGUUGCGGAAGGGGGCAUUCAAGCGCUCUUUAAAGGGAUGGUGCCACGUACGUUUAGGCUCUGCGGAGCCUUCCUUGUCUGCAUGUCAUUGCAAGACAUGGCCAUUGGAUACAAAUCCAACAAGGCUGCUGCUGCUGCUGCUGCCAGUAUCUAG